AUGUUUGGCGUAUCGGGCUCGGAUGCAUCGAUUUUUGCAGAGCUGGAGCCAUCUCUAUCCGUCAAUGAGCAAAACCUGGCAGACCGAGUUCGGUACAUCCUGCGCUCCAACAUAUUUGGUGAUGCCGAACUCGAACGACUACGACGUGAGGCUGUUCCCUCAUCGAAAGGAAAUGCUACGAUGUUGGAAACGCGCAGCAUGCCUCUCGAAAAUCGACCGCGACUUCCCCGCAUACCCUUUAGCAAGCGAAAUCGGGCUGUCGUGCGGGCUCUUAACCCAAUGCUGGUGACCUAUUUGGGAGCCAGCCGGGAACUUUGCGAGACGGACUCAAUUCUUUUUGGCGCCGCACUGGCAGUAUGCAGUAUUAUUGGCGCCAAACUUCCCAUGGCUGAACGUGCUACUCAACAAAGUAGCGCCAUCCCAGCUUGGAGAAAAAGAAUCGAGGACCGUACCACAAAGGCAAGAGCCCUUAUUGGCAGACUGACAAGCGUCAGGUCGGAUAAUAACAGACCGAGAGUUGUGCGCACCAUUAGAAUGGCGUUUGCUAGAACAAAUAUUAGUUUAUCCGAGCCGGAUAUCAAGCAGAAACUAACGGAGCGCAUAGAUGACCUGAAGCAAAAAAUCGCUGCUUGGGGGAAGCGGAUUCGACGAUUUAGCGAGAGGUCAAGGUGGUUCAACCAGAAUCGUCUCUUCCAGAGUGAUCAGAAGAGGCUCUAUAAAUCAUUGGAGCGACCAGAGGUAUGUGGAGCGAGCCCAGGACCGGAUCAGGCUGAUACUAUCGCAUUUUGGCGUGGCCUGUGGUCUCUUGGAUGGGAGUUACCACAGACCCGAGCGAAUACCGCCCCAUCACGUGUCUAUCCACCAUAUAUAAAACACUGA